AUAAUCGACGGUGGAAAAGGAAUCUAAGGCGAAUCGGUCAAGAUCCCUUUGUUGGUGAAAACAGAGCCGUUAAAACGGUGAAAGCGCAGCAACGAGAGAGAGAAGCACGGAAGCAGCCAAAAGGCGAAGGCUUUGAUAUUUACCAAAAAGCAAAAUGUUCUCCAUGAUGAAAAGGAGUCAAAAAAAGGAGUAGCUAGAAGGGUACUAUAUUCCGUGAUUUUUAUUUCUUGUUGCGAUUUCUCCGGGGAGACACUGCGAGAAAAAAAAUGGGGAUCGCUUCACAAGAAGCGAUUAAUCAGUUCCGAGUAUUGAUAGAUCAAGUGGAGGAGCCCUUGAAGAGAACAUUUCAGAAUGUUCAUCAAGGCUAUCCAACUGAGACCUUGGAGCGUUUCCUGAAAGCUAGAGAAUCGAAUGUUGCCAAAGCCCAUAAAAUGUUGGUUGAUUGUUUGAACUGGAGGGUACAAAAUGAGAUUGACAAUAUAUUAACGAAACCUAUAGUUCCUACUGAUUUGUAUCGAGCUGUGCGUGAAUCUCAGCUCGUGGGAAUGUCAGGUUACUCAAAGGAGGGCCUACCCGUUUUUGCUGUUGGUGUUGGGCUCAGCACAUUUGACAAAGCAUCUGUCCACUACUAUGUGCAGUCACAUAUUCAAAUCAAUGAGUACCGGGAUCGUGUCGUUUUGCCUUCUGCAUCGAAAAAGUGUGGUCGUCCUAUCACCACCUGUGUGAAGGUUUUAGAUAUGACUGGCCUGAAGCUUUCCGCACUGAGUCAAAUAAAGUUAUUGACUAUAAUAUCAACUAUUGAUGAUUUGAACUAUCCCGAGAAGACCACCACUUAUUACAUUGUAAAUGUCCCUUAUAUAUUCUCGACUUGUUGGAAGGUUGUCAAGCCUCUUUUGCAGGAGAGGACGAGGAAAAAAAUUCAGGUGUUGUCAGGUAAUGGACGAGAAGAAUUGUUAAAGAUAAUGGAUGUUGCAUCUCUCCCGCAUUUUUGUAGAAGAGAAGGCUCUGGAUCAUCUAGACAUUCAGGGAAUGCAACUGAAAGUUGCUUUUCAUUGGACCAUCAUUUUCAUCAAGAGCUCUAUAAUUACGUCAAGGAGCAAUCCUUGAUCUGUGAACCUGCUGAACCAAUCAAACAGGGGUCUUUUCACGUGGAUCUGCCUGAGCCAGCAGCAAAAGGGACAGAGAUUGCUAAAACCAUUGAAUCUGAGUUACAUAAGUUUGAGAACGGAAAUGGGAAUGGGCUCUCAGGGUCUCUGAAUGGCCUCAAAAUUACGGAUUGCUGAGCCUUUGGAUUCUAAAGUAGUGAAUCAUUAACUGUGAUCCUGGAUUACUGUUAUAUGAUACAAAUGCAUGUAUUAGUAUUGGCUCAUAUUAGUCCCUAUAUUGUAGGGAAUGCCUAAUACUUGUUAUUUGACAUAUUGGCUGGAUGAUCAUUUUAAAAAGGUGCCUCCAGCCUUACAUGGUGUAGCAAACGGUCAAGAAUAGUGUUAUUUAUACCAAUAGCAUGGAGUAAUUUUCUUGUAGAUUAAUAUUAGUUCCCUGAUUUGGUC